AUGACAAGAGAGCAGAAGAAAUAUAUUAUGGAAUUUCGGGAUGAUAUCCUUUGGGAGAUCAUCUCCCGCUUGCCCUUAAAGUUUGUUGUUCAAUGUAAACUUCUAUCAAAAAAUAUUAAUAGUAUGAUUUCUCAUCCUGAAUUUGCCCAAAAUUUGUACCAACGUCAUAAAGACAUUUCUACACAACUCAUCUAUUCAAUAAAUGAUUGGAGAUUAUUCAGACAAUUCCACAAAAUCUCCUUAAACCCAAUCACUCAAUAUGUGACGACUUUAUGCUAUGACAUUGAUAUUUUGGCCUCAUGUAAUGGUCUGAAUCUCUUUGACAUUGAGAUUUUGGCCUCAUGUAAUGGUCUGAUUCUCUUUGACUUUGAGAAAAUUAGGCGUUACUGUGUUUUCAAUCCCACAACUGGAGAGCACCAAUUGAUACCAUACCCAAUGUCUUCUUUUGCACAUGAUUUAGAAAGAACAGGCCUAGCUGUUGAUUACCCAAAUUCAGAUCAAUACAAAUUGGUAACCAUCAGUAGCCUAAUUAAAAAUUCCAACUUGUUCUACAAAUUUCACAUACUUUCAUCAGAGCGAUCUGGCUUGUGGCAUGAAAUCCAACUGAGAACCAAUACUUUCACAUCGUUACCGUCCAGUAGUCCACCUGUUUAUUGGCGUGAUUCUCUUUAUUGGCUCAGAAGUGACGGUAGUGUUAUAGCUUUUGAUACAAACAGAGAAGAGGCUAUACUAAUUGACCGUCCUGAGUUUCUUGAUCAUUUUGAUCUCAGCUAUGGUAAAAUUUCGACUGGUGAAGAUAUAUGGCUAGGGAGGGCGCAAGGUUUACUUACCCUUGUAUGCAUUUUCAGAAAGUUUGUAGUCAUUGCUACUUACGACAGUGCAAGCAGCCGUUGGAGGGUUUCCCAAACUUUUGACAACUUCGUUUUAAGUCCGGAAGGCACUAUUAUUGGAUUUCCAGUCUGGAUAGACAGCAAACAAGUGUCUUUUCUGGUAGAACGUCUCUCGACACAGUAUCAUGAUCUAUACGAGUAUGAUACUGAGAUCAAUAAGUACAAAAAUGCUGCAGUUUUGGACACAGUUAAUUAUCCCAUGUUUUGCGUCCAUCAAACGUUAGCUUGUGUCCAUAAGACGCCCUCCAAUAAUGUAACGACUGCUGAUCAGACAUAUAUAGCUGCAAAGUUGGAUCUCAUCAGAAGAUUUAUUAUGGAAGGUAUUUCCAUCCAAGAAGAAAGUUCAUCAGGUCAAUCAUCAGCAGCAGCAGAUGUAGGAGGAGAAGAAAAAUAA